AUGGAGACGAAAGAUUUGUCACUUCGUUGUGCGGCCAGUACGAAUCUACGUCGUCUGAUCGAAUACGCGGGUGUUUGUGCGAUGAACGAUCAGGACCGUGAGAGUACACUCGAAAGGCACUUACUGCCGUUGGUGCUGAAAGGAGUGCAUUCCGAAAUUGAGGUGUGUUCGAUGUUUGUGUUUUAUGUAUGA